UUUCUUCUGGUCUCCUCCGUGUCCUGACAAUAAACCCUCUCUUCCUCGGCCCUCUUCCACUAUCCCCAUCCAAUCGUCAUUCUGAUCACUGAAGACUGAAAUAAUUCGCUUUUCUUCGAAGCGCUCUCAAUACGUCUGUGAUUUCGCAGGUUUCUGCUUUAAAUAACGUGUUCGGCGACAUCUGCCCCACUCCUAUGUAUAUUAACCUUGGCCAUGGAUGAGCUCUUGCUUAGGCUCGAGACUGUCUGGUUUCCGAGAAAAUUUAAUCUAACACCAUCAUUGUCUCAGCUUUAAUCCCAUCCCAAGAAACAAAGAAGGAAGGGGAACAAUGGAAUCAGAUGAGGAGGAUUAUGUGUUUUACGGUACUCCAAUAGAGUCUGAGGAAGCAGUCACUAGCCGUAAAAAGAAAGCAAUUGCUGAGGCCUCUGGUCAAUUGAGGACCCUCCCUCCUUGGAAGCAAGAGGUUAGAGAUGAAGAGGGACGUAGAAGAUUCCAUGGAGCAUUUACAGGGGGUUUUUCGGCCGGUUACUAUAACACAGUGGGGUCGAAAGAGGGUUGGACUCCACAAUCAUUUACAUCAUCACGGAAGAGUAGAGCUGAAGUCAAGCACCAGAGCAUCUUCAGUUUUUUGGAUGAAGAUGAAAGAGCGGAAUUGGAAGUCUACCACAGACCAUCGGUGAUUCCAGGACCUGUCCCUGAUGAGCUAGUUCUUCCUGUUACAGAUUCAAUUGGCGUCAAACUACUUCUGAAGAUGGGAUGGCGGCGUGGUCGUUCCCUCAAGGAUUUGCAUGCUAAUUCCUUACAUGAUACUCGUAGAGAAGCCAGAAAAGCUUUCCUAGCUUUUUCCACUGAUGAUACAAAAGUCCAGCCCUCUGUGCCUGUUGAUGAUGACAUUGAAAGUUCUGUUGGGCAUGCUGUUAAUGAUGAUGUUCAUUCUUCUCAAAAUACUCCUGUAUAUGUGCUCAACCCAAAGCAGGAUAUGCAUGGUUUGGGAUAUGAUCCUUUUAAGCAUGCUCCUGAGUUCAGGGAGAAAAAAAAGUUGCGGAUGUCAGCCAGUAGGCAGCCGGGCCAUGGGAAAGCUUCAUCUUUAAAAGAUAACCUUUUUGGUUUCAACUCAGGAAAGGUUGCUCCGGGUUUUGGUAUUGGAGCACUUGAAGAACUUGAUGCCGAAGAUGAGGAUGUCUAUGCCUCUGGUUAUAACUUCGAGGAAACUUAUGUUGAAGAAGUUGAAGAGUCAUCAAGGUUGAGUGCAGACAAUGAGCGAAAGUUGCUCGUAAAAGAUCAGAGCGUUCUGCCUGGGUUUAGGGUUGCAUCAAAGUCUGAUUACCAGUUAGAAAGAUAUGAUCCCCCAGUGAUUUUGAAAGAUUUUGUUGCUUACCAUAAAUUUUCUGGUCCUGUUGAGACUGAUAGUAGGCUUGCAACCCCUCCUCCAGAGGUUCCUCCUCCUGAGGAUAGCAAUCUGAAACUAUUAAUUGAGGGGGUUGCAACUUUAGUGGCUCGUUGUGGUAAAUUGUUCGAGGACCUUUCAAGAGAGAAGAAUCAAUCAAAUCCAUUAUUUGGUUUUCUUAAUGGUGGAAAUGGCCAUGAAUAUUAUGUGAGAAAGCUUUGGGAGGAGCAGCAGAAGCAUAACGAUCAUACCAAACGGGUAUUUAAUGACAAAAAUUUGUCUUCAAGUGUGCAGAAGAUGACUGUAGAUAGCCGUGGCAAAUUACUGGGGGAAAGGCCUCUGGAGAAAAGCUCAAGAGAAAGUUUGUCGGGUGCUGUUCAUUUUCAAUCUAAUCUCUCUGAAACAUUUACAAAACCUGCAUCAAUUAUGGAAUCAUCAGAAAUUGCAAAUCCCUUCAAAGAUGAUCCUGCAAAGCAAGAAAGAUUUGAACAAUUUCUCAAGCAAAAGUAUGAAGGAGGACUUCGCUCAACUGAUUCUGGGGGAGCUAAUUAUAUGUCAGAAGCUGCUCGUGCUCGUGAGAGAUUGGACUUUGAGGCUGCAGCUGAGGCAAUAGAGAAAGGGAAAUUGUACAAGGAUGGCAAACAUUCUACCAAGCAGUCUUUGGAAUCUUCUGCCAUUGGUGAAUUGCAGUUCACUUCUGGUGGACUAGAGAAAACUAAAGAUACUCAAAGUGAAAAUUUGCUGCUGAAGAAAAUGUACCCAAAAAGGGAGGAGUUUCAAUGGCGCCCCUCACCCCUUUUAUGCAAGCGUUUUGAUCUAAUUGAUCCUUACCUGGGGAAGCCACCACCUGCUCCUCGGAUUAGAAGCAAAAUGGAUUCUCUUCUAUUCAUGCCAGAUUCUUUCAAAGCCACAGGGUUGGAAGAGACUGGUUCUUCAAAUAAAGAUUCAUUUCUUGUUAUGCAACCUGCUGCUGCGGAAAUAAACAAAGAUUUUGCUGACAAAGAAGAUGAAGUGGAGGUAGAAGUUAAAAAUGUAGAGAGGCCAGUUGACCUCUAUAAGGUAAGCAUAUUUGUUAUGAAGUUAAGAGAUUUAUAUGAUAAUCCUUGGGAACAAUAUACUAGAAAUGAUCAUCGAGACCGCUACUCUUCUAGGUCAAAGGGGAGAAAGAAAAGAUCCUCUCGAGAGAAAAGCAGCAACAAGAAACACUCGAAGCACCAUAAACAUAGGAACAGAAGUUCUCCUCACAGAUCUUCUCAUUAUAGUACUGAAAAAGAACAUGCAGAAUCCAGGAGAGAAAAACGGAAAUCAAGGAAUUGAUAACAGGAAUCCUGUUUUCUCCUUGAUUUUCUUAUGCCUUCCCGAAAAAGAUCUCAUAUUGGAUAUAUUCAAGAUAUAGCACCAGAAAGAUUUCUGCGCAUAGUCUGGUGAUUUGGCUAUGGCUUUGGGGGUAUCAGAGAUGGUGAGGUAAGGAUCUUCCAGUCGGUACUACAGUUGUGUUGAUAGUAGUUUUUUACUAUCUAGUUCUGAAUACUAAUACAUCAGAAUGAUUUUUUUUUUUUUUUUACCUUCUACCCUGGAAUCCAAUAUACUGCAAUAUUAAGUUAUAUGUAUAUAUAAUGUUCAUGUCAAAAAACAGUAGGGGUAAAGAGGAAAGGUCUCAUCGAUCUAUUUUUGUCAUCAUGAAAA